UUUAAUUCCAACCUUUGGGUUCAGGAAUCUACCAGGAAGCUGUAAUUAGAGGACACUUUACGUUCUGAAGCUUUGGGAAGACUGCUGACCUUUGCUGUUCAAGAUUUUUUUAUUUCUUAUGGACCAGCCGUGCAAUAUUUUUGUGAUAUUCAUCCAUUUCAGAACUAUCCCUUGUUUGGAAUGGAAAACUGUUCCAGCAUGUCAUGGAAGCCAUUGCAGAACUAUUCCUUGUUUGGAAUGUCAUGGACGAGUGGAUCACUAGUAGCGGUUGAUGCUAAGUUAACAAUAGGACUAAAGGAUACUAUAUACUGGUUAAGAAAGGAAAUCUUUUCCAGAAUGGUAAGGAAGAGUGAAUUAGCAUUAGCAUCAGAGCAGGAUGCUAAGUUAUCAAGAGAAGCAAAGGUUGAAUCGUCUAGGCAUCAGAAAACGAAAAAGGAUAAACUAUCAAAGAUAAACUCAGAACUUCAAAGGAUGUGGUACAUUAAAAGACCUGAGGGAUCUAAUGAACCAACACUUAAUGUCAUUGCUGCUUGGAAUUCUGGUUAUACAGGAAGAGGAAUUACGGUGGGAGUUGUUGAUGAUGGAGUCAAUGGCAGUCAUCCUGACCUAAGAGACAACUAUAGAUUGGAUUUGAGUUACGAUUAUGUGGCUGACAAACAGGUGUCGUUUGAAACAUCAGUACCAGGACAUGGUAAUAAAUGUGCAGGCGUUAUAGCUGGAAAACGCGAUAAUGGUUUAUGUGGUAUGGGAAUCGCUUAUGAAGCUAACAUUGCAGGCAUUCACCUUCUUCGUGAUAUCCCUACCUCAUUAUCUGAUAAGAGAGUGGCUGCGGUCUUGACGCACGAGCUAGGAAGUAUUGACAUAUACUCCAACAGCUGGGAACCGCUGAACGAGGGAUGGAAAAUACAGGGUCUUGGACCGCUGAUCAGUACAGCCUUAGAAAAAGGCAUUAAAGAGGGUCGCAAUAAAAAAGGUGCCAUCUACACGUUUGCGGCUGGAAAUGGCGGUUUAAAUGGAGACAGCUGUGCAUACAAUUGUUUUGCGAAUAGUAUUUACACCAUCGUCAUCAACGGUGUGAAUGAAGAUGGAUCCCGUCCCAGCUACGUAGAAGAAUGUCCUGGAAUCAUGGCCACCGUGUACACUGGAGGAAUUGUAACUGCUGAUAACGCAACCGGUUGUGUCAGCAAUUUCGGAGGCACGUCAGCGGCUACUGCCAUUGCAUCAGGACUGAUUGCACUGACCCUGCAAGCAAACCCUAACUUAACUUGGCGCGACGUCCAACACGUUAUAGCCAACAGUGCAAGAGCAGCGCCUGGUGGAGUCUGGCUUAAACAAGGCCACUGGCUGCAAAACAAAGCAGGGUUUCAUAUUAGCAUGGUUUAUGGCUUUGGGCUUAUGGACGCUGACAAGAUGGUGAUGUUAGCAAGAAAAUGGAAGGAGGUUCCAGAGCAAAUGAAAUGCGAGAUCGAAGGCAGUGUCAAAGACAUAAAUAUCCCAGGAACGGUUUUAAUAGAAGUGAAAGAUUGUUCAAUUAAAUUUCUGGAGCACGUGCAGAUCAGAGUCAAUCUUAAUUUCUCUCGCCGUGGCGACUUGUCCCUUCAGCUGAAAGCACCAAGCAACACAACAUCUCCAAUGACUCGAAAGCGGCCCAAAGACAACUCAACAAGAUUGAGUGACUGGAUUAUUGAAUCUCUUUUUCACUGGGGAGAAGACCCGAGUGGCAGAUGGGAGCUUAAAAUUGAUUGUUUUGACAAGCCAUGUCGAAGUUCAGGUCAACUUCACAGCUGGUCUUUGAUAUUGUAUGGCACUCCUUCAGACCCACUUAAAUCAGGAAAAGUACCACGGGAGGACAUUUUUAAUUCCUCGGGACUGGGUUUAUUUGUGAUGCUAUCUGCAAUUUGCUGCAUAUUGGUAUUGAGGCGUAAAAUGAAAAGGAAUAAAAUUAUUUGUUGCUGGAAGUCGCCCAUGGCAGCCACAUAAUGGACAUGAAGAUUUAAAAUAAAUAUGUGUUAAUGGUCUUUCUGAAAAAAUUGGUUUUCAUGGUAGUUAGCAGCUGAGUUUACUCGUAACUUUACUUUUCCUUUCAUACGAUAGUUUGUAUAACACAAAUAAAAGUCUA